AUGGGAUUAAAGAGCCAAAUUGGUGGUAAACAAAUUUGAGAGGAGUGGUUGUCUUGUCUCAUAAGUCAAAUGAUUGUAAAACACUCUCUCAGCCACAUAAAACAAUAUCAACUGCCCAAGUAACAUAACCACAUAUCCAUUUCAAAGAUUUCAAAGAAACAAUGGAAUCUCACCAAUCCCAUAACCAACUGGACGUAAUUUUUCUUCCAUUUCCAACUCCUGGCCAUAUGAAUCCCAUGAUUGACACAGCAAGGCUAUUUGCUAAACAUGGUGUUAAUGUUACCAUCAUCACCACACAUGCCAAUGCUUCAACCUUCCAAAAAUCCAUAGACAGUGACUUCAGUUCAGGAUACUCCAUCAAAACUCAGCUUAUUCAGUUCCCUUCACUUCAAGUUGGUCUCCCUGAUGGUGUUGAAAACAUCAAAGAUGGCACUUCCAUUGAAAUGUUUGGUAAAAUCAGCCAUGGAAUAUCAAUGCUCCAAGAUCCAAUUGAGAUUCUGUUUCAAGAUCUUCAACCAGAUUGUGUAGUCACUGAUAUGAUGUAUGCCUGGACUGUGGAAGCAGCUGCAAAACUAGGUGUUCCAAGGAUUCACUAUUACAGCUCUAGCUAUUUCUCCAAUUGUGCAACUCAUUUUAUCAGAAAGUAUACACCUCAUGAGAAUUUGGUUUCUGAUACACACAAAUUUACAAUUCCCGGUUUGCCUGAUACCGUUAAUAUGACGCCGCUGCAGCUGGCUGAUUUUGUAAGGGAAAAGAAUGCUACCACAGCCUUAUUUGAACAGGUUUUUGAAUCUGAGAAAAGAAGCUAUGGAACAUUAUACAAUACUUUUCAUGAACUUGAAAGUGAAUAUGAGAAACUUAGUCAAACUACAAUAGGAAUCAAAUCUUGGAGUGUAGGGCCAGUUUCAACAUGGAUUAACAAAGAUGAUGAAAAACAAGCCAAUAGAGGAGAGACUGGAAAAGAGGGAGAAUUGUUAAAUUGGCUUAAUACUAAGUCAAAUGAGUCUGUUUUGUAUGUAAGUUUUGGAAGCCUUACUAGGCUUUCUCAUGAACAGAUUGUGGAAAUAGCUUAUGGACUUGAAAGUUCAAGUCAUAAUUUCAUUUGGGUUGUUAGAGAAAAUGAUAAAAAGGAAGAUGAAGGUUUUCUACAAGGUUUUGAGGAAAGGAUGAAAGAAAGCAAAAAGGGCUAUAUCAUAUGGAACUGGGCACCACAGCUUCUGAUAUUGGAUCACCAUGCAACAGGAGGGAUAUUGACUCACUGUGGUUGGAACUCAAUUCUGGAAAGCUUGAGUGUUGGUUUGCCAAUGAUCACAUGGCCAAUGUUUGCUGAGCAAUUUUUCAAUGAGAAGUUGCUUGUUGAAGUUUUGAAAAUUGGAGUUUCGGUAGGAUCAAAAGUGAAUACGUUUUGGCUUAGCAUUGCUGAAGAUGUAGUGGUGAGAAGGGAAGAGAUUGCAAAGGUUGUUGAGAUUUUGAUGGGAAUUGGUGAAGAGAGUAAGGAAAUGAGGACGAGAGCAAGAAAGCUUGGUGAUGCUGCCAAGAGGAGUAUAGAGGAAGGUGGACAUUCUUACAACAACUUGCUUCAGUUGAUUGAUGAACUGAAAUCAGUAAAGAUUGCUAGAGAACUUGAAAAAAGAAGAUUAGAUAAUUGAAUUGGAGCAUUAAUUGAUGUUGACAUUGAUUUUAUGUUAUUGCUCUAGAAAUUGCAGACAGUGUGAUUUUACUAAGUUUUUUGAUUUUGAAGCAAAUAAUUCUCAUGUAUUAUUACUUGUGUGAUGUGUCACUGGUUGGCAUAAGAUUUCAAUUUUACUAAAUAAUUUGCAUUA